CAGAUGCGGAUAUAAGGAUUGGCGCCGGCGCCACAGCUGAUGCACUCAUUCAUUCUUCACUGAGGAGCUGAGCCAUAAAUACAGUUGGCACCAUGUCCAGGCGCAGUGGUCGCAUCACGCUUCAAGCCAGAGAUUCGAACGCACCCGAGCCAGCCAUCAGAGUCCCCCUGAAGAAAAGGAAGACUGAGUUUUCUAAGAAGAAGCUACAACCUGCUGCCAAGAAGCAAAGCUAUGAAAUACAAACGUGUUGGUCGGAGGAUGGAGCGUCUCCGUGUAUUCUCAUUGAAACUCCCCACAAAGAGCUGGAGCCGGCAGACCCGUCCAACUUCAAACAAUACACAUUCAAGAACCUCUUCAUACAGGCUUCGCCCAUUCCUCACCUCAACUGGGCUAAUUCAGACGACGUGUGGAUCAAAAUGCUCAACAAGGAGCUGAAGUAUGUUCAUGACAAGGGGUACCUGCAGCGGCAUCCUAAACUGCAGCCCAAGAUGAGGGCCAUUCUUCUGGACUGGGUGCUUGAGGUGAGUGAGGUGUACAGCCUCCACAGACAGACAGCAUACCUUGCUCAGGACUUCUUUGACCGCUACAUGCUCACUCAGGAGAACGUCAGCAAAGACUACCUGCAGCUCAUCGGCAUCACAGCACUCUUCAUUGCCUCCAAGAUAGAGGAAAUCUACCCGCCUAAAAUCUACGAGUUUGCCUACGUCACAGACGGCGCCUGCGACAUGUGGGACAUCCAGCGCACAGAGCUUCAAAUACUAAAGGCACUGGACUGGAACCUGUGUCCAGAGACGCCCAUCUCCUGGUUGAAGCUGUACGCUCAGGUUGAAGCCCGGAAAGAUGAAGAGAACUUCCUGGAACCGCAGUUUUCCCAGGAAACCUACAUCCAGAUCACACAGCUAUUGGACUUGUGUAUGAUGGACAUCACUGUGCUCGACUAUAACUACAGUGUUCUUGCUGCAGCUGCUUUCUGCCACUUUUCCACCUUUGACAUUGUUCAUAAAGUCUCAGGCCUCACUUGGGAAAGUGUAUCUCACUGUUAUCAGUGGAUGACUCCCUUCAUGGAAACGCUGCAGUCUGAACCCAAACCUCAACUCAAGAACUUCCCGAAAGUCAGAGCAGACGACAGACACAACAUCCAGACACACGUGGCAUACCUGGAUAUAUUGAGGAAAACUCAGGAGCGUCAGAUGCCAGAAAGUAACACCGGUCAGCUGUCGCCUGUUGCCGCGGGAACGAUUCUGACGCCGCCCAGCAGCACGGAGAAACCACCCACUCACUGAGCAGGACGAAACCAGCGAGACGUGCUACCUCUCCUCAGUCCGACAGCAGCUGCUCGCUGAAUGAUGCACAAUUUGGGGCAAACAGACCUCCAUGUAGCAUUUUAUUUUUUUUAAACACUAAAAUCAGACUUUUAGUAGCCAUUGUGAUGAAUUGACAAGCCCCAGUUGGGAAAGGUUGUGGGAUUUGUUCCUGUUGAAAGGGUAAGACCGUCUUCUCUCUGUUACAGGCAGUAAUGGUGCCGUUCACAUUUCCAUUCUGUCUGAAGUAAUUCAGGUCCGACUCCUUUUGAUAUGCUGAGAAAUUGCAGCUCUAGGCUACCAAACUUUUUUUUUUUUUGUUUUAGUAUAUUUUUAAUCUAUAGUGAAUUUUGGUCUGAAUCAGCAGCUAUCAUUUCAUAACUGUUGAGCCCGCAGAUGUGCAGUGCAGAAGCUGGCAGUGAAGCCAGCUGUCGUGGCUUUCUUUUUUUUUUUUUUUUUUUUUUUUUCCUUAAGACAGGUUUUGGUUUUUGUAAAAGAACCAAUCAUUUCAUAUCUGGGAGUCUCACUGGUGCUGUUCUGGAAAGUGAGAACUAAGUGUUUUUGAAUGGUGCUUCAGUCAGAUUCUCAGGAAAACCGAAAGACUUACUUCUAGUGGUGUUUUAAUUUUUAUAAAUUGCAUUGAAAGGAAUCUCAGUCCGCUCUGAAGAGAUGGAUUUUUGACAUUUAGUGUGAUUUAAAUUAAUGUCCCCAUUUCACUUCCAGUCUGAAAUGUGGUGACAUGCUGUAGAUUGGAGCAGAGGAACAAACUGCUUGGUAAUGAACUACAGUGAGUUUCAGAGCUACGUGAGCCAAAGGAACAACUUCCUGAUUUGCUCUCACAUCUGAAAGUGUUUGAUGCACAUUUGUGGCUUUUUAUUCUCCACAAUUGUUCCCGCGUGGUUGCAAAUUCUUGUUACAUUCCUGUGAAACUUGACGAUU